AUGCAAGCCGUGCCGAGUCUCGUGGGAACCGGCACUGCUGCCGCCGCCGCAGCCGUCGGUCUCGUCUUUGGGCAGCCUCUCGAGCCCGAGAUGCUGUGGUCCAGCCCGAUCCAGCAUAGAUUCCCCGCCGAUUACGAUGGCUUUCGAGCCCAGCCUGUCCCUCCCCGCCCCAGCACAAGCGCCGCUGCCAAUUAUUAUUCCGGGCCUUCUCCGGCGGAGGACUUCCCCUACUCCUCCUUCCGCCAACUCGCCGACGCAGCUCCCGGGCCUUUGACUUCGCACCCACUAAGUCCGACAAGCCCGACGACUGUGCCACGGCCGCUUACUGGGGUUUCAAUCUCGUCGCCCAGAUUCAGCAGCAGGAGGCACUCGUUCGUACGCCCAGGCGAUCUGGCAUCGCAGCCCAUAGCGGAGACUGCGAGGGACUCUGUCUCAUCAAGAGAUUCUUGGAUACGGCGACUGUCACUUCGGCCAUUGUCACAGCAUGGAAGUCGGAGAUCGAGCAUGGGCCCAGACUCAUCGUCUGUAACCCUCUCGCACGGCUCCGGCGUCCCGAUGCUCGGUCAAUCGCCCAGCUAUAAUACCGGCCCAAAUAAGUUGGUCAAGAGAGCAACGUCCGGGCAAAACGGAGCAGUUGGGGGCAUGACACGGCGAAACUCCAAGUCGCAGGUGCUGACUCUCCGAAGACCUGCGACCAGUCACCAGCGGUCCGCCACUUUGCAACAGUUCCACCUCCAAGGUACUUCUGCCGAGCCGCUCUCGCCGGACUUCUCUAUUUUCCCGGACAAUCACAACCCAUCGCCGACCUCGCCAGUUUUCCCGACCGCGGUAGAUAAUGCUCCACCUUCAGGAAAGUGGACUUCAUUCUUCCACGCUCGCCGCUCAACCUCAUACGGACGAGAGGUUCCAGGGUUACCACCUGGAAACAGUCCUCUCUAUAACAUAUUUCCCCGGAGGAGGGUGUCCUUAGCGUCGGGCCAUGUUUACCGAGCAUACCUUACCAAGCCGAGUGAUAUCAUCGAUAUUUCCGAGCAAAGAGAUGGGCCCGGGAUGGCCCAAGAUCAGGGUGUUAUCGAGGAAAAGCAAGGAAGCUCUCACUCUGCCAGCGACCCUUCCGAUUCGAUCGACUCCACGUCUGAUCGGCCUCCGAGGAGAUCGCUUUCGAUGCAUUUCAAUUCAGCCAGCCAGUGGAUUUCAAGGACCGGAAGUGCCCGGCGUCCCAGGCGGAGUACUAUCGACUCAAAACCAGGGGGAGGCCGCUAUCUGCCCGAACCUGGCGCUGCGCAGCGUGACCAGACUCAGCCCCCAGUGCAACCGAGACUUGUACAAAUUCGUGCGAGUUCUGGACAGCAACCGGAUUCGGAAUCGAAACCUGCUGACCUGCCGCGAACCCGCAAGAGAAACUCAUCGUCUCCCUUGCCACCCUCUAACCGCUUGUCCAGUUUUAACAUCGACGUUACGCGCAUCGGGCUCCCGACACCUCCCUCAACAGGCCCCUCAAGAUCCGUUCAUGGUCCCAUCAACUACUCGCAAGCCUCUUCUACCACUACCCACAGCCGAGGACCCUCGGGCGAGCGGUCUGCGACUCUUGCCGGCUCGGAUGUAUCGGCACGUGACGCUGCUUCUGGGGACGAUGAGGACACCGACUUCAGGAGCGAUGGCAUGUAUGACUCUUUCCGCACUGGGGCUUCCUCGAGCCGAGUGAGGUCCGUCGAGACGCCGUUAGAGUCCAUGUUUGAUGACUCGCCCCCUGGCACCGCGAGUAAUGGCAGGGCCAAGCGACUGUCGAUCCAAGAAAUGCUCGGGCGCUCUUGGGAUGGCGAAACAAAGAUUACUGAGGAAGACGAGGGCAUCCCAACCCCAAUCAGGCCCGCACAUUUCGUUGAUGCGGCCGAGUUCGAGCCUCAGGGCCGGCACCCCGAUAAUUUCAAGUUUGACGCUGCGCACGGCUUGUCCGUGGCCGACAGCCACUUUGGACGAUUAUCUUUUGACGAUGAUGACGAUGAUGACUGGCCACGAGAUGACGAUAAUACCCUUAGCAACCAUCUUUCACCCCCGAGCUCGACCAACUCUCGCCGCGUCAGCCCCACAUUACGACACGCCCUCCGGAACAUCAGUGGCAACGGGAGCCAUUGUCUUGGGGGGGACAGCAUGAGCGACAGGCCCCGGAGCAACAUCUUCGACUGGUCUGAGCCGUCAGCCCAUGAUAAGUUUGACACCGACAUGCCGCGGCCCAAGACGGUACACGGGAAGCAAGAGUUGGACUUGAGGGGAGGCCGUUCCACGAGCCGGAAGUUGCCCGGUGCUGCCCACAUCCGAAGCCAGAGUGUGCCAGUUGUCCCUGAUCCUACGGAUGGCUCGAAACCGGCGCCCAAGUUUGGGACCUGGGGUUUGGGGACCAAGACCGCCAGCGAGGACUGGGAUGAUGACUUCGAGUUUGAUGGGGAAGAAGCAGCGGUUUGCUCGCCUGGAGGCAAGGAUUCGGCUACGAGCUUCUCUAUGGUGGUCCCUGCUUCCAUUCAGGCGACGCAACCAAGCGUGAGAGCCCAUUCGGGCCAGAUCCGCGAGUUGUCACUGCUCGUCAACGAUCUCAAACGGUUAUGCCGGCAUGGCAAAGAGCUCGAUAUCCUCCGAGGGCCGAUGGCAACAAAGUGGGCAGAGGCGGAGAGCAUCAUUGCUUUGGCGUCCCCGGACGAGGAAGAUGAUGAUGACCUGAGCUGGGCCAAGUCGUCCAUGGAUUUGGACCGGUCAAAGGUCGAUGAUCGCUUCCAAGAAGAAGGAUUUGAUGGCCCUUUCUUCGACCAUACAGAUGACCCGUUCGCGUUCCCAGAGCCUGAGAUGUCUAAAACAGCUGUGGUGCGGGAGCGGCAUAGCCCCCGGCGGCGAUCUGUAUUUUCGCCUGAAGAUGACAUCUUUGGCAACUGGCCGCUCACCGAGGGAACGACAACCCCUGCUAGACCGCGUACGCCUAGCAGAUGCUCGAGUCCUAGUCGGAACUCCACGAUCAUCUCCACGGUGAUUGAGGCCAUGAAGCAGCAACGGAAAUCCGCCUCAGACCGGGUCAAGAGCCCGGCGCCCAAGCCCACCCACAACACGGAACUCUUCUUCGACACCAACAGCCUCCAGGAAUUGGUCAAGCGAGCCGGACAGCUCCGUGAUUCGCUCUCGGACGCCGUCCGCAGGGCGGAGUUGCUGACGCAGAGCCCCGCCGGAACGCCCCGGCGCGAACGGCACUCUCGUCACCAGAACCCUGACGGAAGUCCCGCGUUUACGCGUGUCUUUGUCGAACCGGCUUCGAGCCCGCCGAGACGCCUCCCCAACAGUCACAGCACCACCUCGAUCUUGAGCAGAGCAUCGGUGGAGUCGCCGCGCAUGCAGAUGAUGACUGUUAGCUGA